CGCACAGGACCAUGAUGCUCCGUGUUGUCAACAGACUAUGUCAAUCAAGUCGAUCGAAAUGCACCACUGCAGCUUCUGCACGGUUACGGCUCCCGCCAACAGCCGCCGAGACUUACAGACAGAGUAGCACCUUCGUGUCCAAGCACCAUGUGCUCGAACAAACUGAUGUUGUCGCUUUUCUGGACCAGCGCUCCAUGGAGUUCAGGGUGGCGGGCGGCGAGGUGGUGGUCAAAGAGUGCCCGUUCUGCCAUGAUACUGGUGGAAAGGCGGAUAACAUGUGGAAGCUCUACAUAGGUCUCAAUAAUGGGGGUGCGUGGAUGUGCCACCGAUGUGCUGCGUCGGGCUCGUGGUACGACCUCAAGCGACGAGCUGGGAGUGGCGGUGCUCGAUUCGUAAGCCAAGUCGCGAUGCCACGGAGUUCAACAAGUACCCGAAAUACACCAAACCCACGCCGGACACAUGGCGAAGAGUUUCACGUGACACAACAACGAGCUGCUGGGCUUCGGCCGAUACCAGAUGAGCAACGCGCGCGGUCUUAUCCAACCAACCUUUUGCACAACCCGCGCUUUGACCAAGUGAUGGAUUACCUGAGUGGAACGGAACCAGGGCAACGGGGCAUCAAGAAGGAGGUGCUGGUCAAGUACGGCGUUGGCUGCGCUGUCUACAAGUAUCCGGGUGAGGCAGGCUACGUCGAAGCUCAAAGCAUAACGUUUCCUUGGAUCGUGAACAAGAAAGAUAUACCACCGGAGGAGGUCAAGGGUUUGGAAAAGUUCGUCAAGGACAAGUACGGGGAAAAAUCGCGCAUCCCUGACGCCGUCACAGUCCGCGUCAAAGCCCGUGCUGUUCGAAACAAGCAGUGGCAAAGGCUAGACCCUGCAGGAGGUCGGUGGGGGAUCUUCGGUCUCCACACUGUGCCGGAUGGCGCCACAGAAGUGGUUUUGACGGAGGGAGAGUAUGACGCCAUGGCUGUGUACCAAGCCACUGGCAAGCCAGCUGUGUCCUUGCCAAACGGCGCGAGUUCGCUGCCGCUCGAGGUUCUUCCUCUUCUGGAGCGAUUCAACAAGAUCUACCUCUGGAUGGACCACGAUGGGGCGGGGCAAGCCGGGGUGGACAAGUUUGUUCUGAAGCUGGGGACGCGGCGUUGCUUAGUGGUGAGACCACUUGAGGACGAUCCGAACCCGCCCAAGGACGCCAACGAGGCACUUCUGGCUGGCCGAAAUCUUCAAGAUUUUUUAGAUGGAGCGAGCUCCACAAAGCAUGAUGACAUCCAGACCUUCCAAGACCUUCGCCAGAAAGUCAUUCACGAGCUACAGAAUCCUCUGGAGUAUAGUGGGACAGGUCUGCAGUCCUUCCCGCGGUUCACCAGAAUCAUCAAGGGUCUUCGGCGUGGGGAGCUCACUGUCCUCACUGGCCCCACUGGCUCCGGGAAGACAACGAUUCUCAGCCAGCUGUCGCUUGAUCUAGCGGCAGGAGGGCUCAGCACGUUGUGGGGCAGCUUCGAGAUCAAGAACACGAGAUUGAUGCAGAAGAUGCUUCACCAGUUCGCGGGGAGGCCUGUUGCAGAUCUCGCUGGGUCGCCAGAUUCGCUGAGGGCAGUGGCGGACCGCUUUCAGGCACUUCCACUAAGCUUCUUGCGUUUCCACGGUGGAACGAAUGUGGACGAAGUUAUAGACGCGAUGGACUACGCUGUCUACGCAAACGACGUUCAACACAUAAUCCUUGACAAUCUGCAGUUCAUGCUCACUCGAAAUUCCCGAGAAGGACAUGGUGGUAAACGACCAGGACCUUUCGACAAGUUCGACGCACAGGAUCUUGCUCUGGACAAAUUCCGAAAAUUUGCUACCGAACACAACGUCCACAUCACGCUAGUGAUACACCCUCGGAAAGAGGAUGAAGGAUACAAGCUCACCACAAGCUCUAUUUUUGGCUCGGCGAAGGCUACCCAAGAAGCGGACUUGGUCGUAAUCUUGCAGAACCAAAAAGGCAACAAGUCUUUGGAAGUAAAGAAGAACAGGUUCGACGGAGACCUUGGCGAGGUACACCUAGUGUUUGAUCCACAUUCAUCCAGGCUUCGCGAGCUCCCAGGACCGGCGAGCUGAGCGACGUGUCAGACAUGUAGGGGUGCACCGCAAUCCCGUGGACUAAAGAGGCACACGGAAGUGGUAUACAAGUAGUGCCAACGAGCGUGUCACGCUGCUCCGUGUGCUCUUCGUUUUAGGUGUGAUAAUCAAACAAUAGAAAAGGUGACCAAUCUUCGUGGUAACGGCGUACCGCGUGAUCAUCGUCGCCUGUGGCCGUUGCUGUACCACUUAAUGGGGUGUUGGUCGGGCAUCCGUGCACAUAACAUGGUGCCCUAUCAGUUUUUUUUUCAAUGCCUUUGUGUUGCCACAGCAUUGCCACCUCUUGCGUGCGACGUUGUAACGUUCGCCCGAGUCCUCACUUUUUGCGAUUCAUGAUAUCAAGUAACGCUCGCGGUGGUAUCCGGGAGAAAGUGACACUCUUCGUCUUCAUAUGUUGGGUGUUCGAAGCGUGUCGAUCGCCGUCUGAAAUGAAGUGGACAAGUUGUCCCGACUGCUGUUGACCGAUUUCACAAAAGGAGCACGAUACCGUCCACCCGCAUUUUUGGCGGCGGUGGGAACUAUCAUUGGACAACAAACAAGGCAUUCCCCACAGUUGUCAGUAAAAAGCUUUUUCAGGUGAAACGAUAGUACCGAUGGUCAAUGUCACCUUUGUGUGACAUCCAUCUCGUCUUGCUGACCGAAGUGUCUUGGGAGCAGAAGUACGUGCAUCGAGAACAAAGCUAGAAGCUGCAGGCCUACAUGUAGUGACCACCCGCCGUGGCGUGGCCUAAGGGCUGGAAACCUGUUAUGUAGUUGCUUUAGUUUCGCGUGAACCUCGAAGGUGACAUGUUCCUUCUCGGACGGUCCAUGUUGGUCGAGAAUUGGGAAGGCUCAGAACAAAGGACAGCACACAUCCCUCGCCCAUGUCAGCCGUCAGAAUAGGCUCAUCUUCACGCCUUGGGAACUACAUGGGACAUGGUGAAUGUCCAGGUCGGAACCACAAAAAAAAAAUCAAGUCAAGCUUUCAUAUUAAUGGAGCCCCAGCAAAUGCCAAAAACAACCUAGAAGAUCAUUUCGUGCGGGCGAUCCCCCUUCUUAAGAGAGAACUUCGCGUUGAGGUAUGCCUUCAGCAUCGGGUUCGUCAUGGCCGCCAACACACCGGCGUCGACGGUCUUCUGGUCAGCCUUCCGCUUGUCGGACACCGUGGAGCUCUUGGCUCCCUGCUCGAAGAACUGGUCUUCGUCAGUCUUGGUCGCCACUUCCUCACGCGUGAAGUACGAGUCGUCCGCGGCGGGGAUAGUUACCUUCGACACGUCCACCGACAUGGAUGUAGCAAUCACGUA